AUGGAUUGGGCCGCCGACAUUUCCCCAACGACCGAUGCUCGUUACCUCGCUCGCAGACAUUGGGCCAUCAUCAGGAAGACUGUCGUCACCGAUAUUGAUGAUUUUCUAUUUUUACUGCGCCAGAGCCGCACCGCCCCGCUGCCCGACCCGGUCAGCGAGUUCAGCGAUUUUGGGUUUGAUACGAACCGCUCCACUCAUCACUUGCCGGCGCCGACGGCAGGCGUGCAGAUAAAUGUGGAACCGGACAGCGGCCGCACGGCAGAACCAUCGGCAAGGGAAGGCGAGCUUGGCAAGAGCCUUCACAGCCUUGGCUCGUCCCUUCUACGACGGCCCUCCGAAUCGCCCAGCUUGCUGUCGGCCAGCUUCUCCUCAACCGGCCCGCAAUCCCCGGGCGCUGACGACGAUGUGAAGUCGCAGAUCUCGUUCGUCAUGCGCGAACGGCUGCACUCGUUUGUCAAACAGAUGGAGCGUCGUACAUCGGCCGUCCGAGAGAGUCUCUUAAAAGAAUCGCUCGAUGAGGAGGCAUCGCAGAGCGUCGCGAGCAUGCCGACCCUGGAGAAGCGGCCGAGUCUAAUGUCGCUGAUCGGGUUACAGAAAGCCGAAGACCAAGAAGUUGCGCGAGAGGAGGCAAAGGGUGGCUGGCUACCGUAUUCGAUUGAUCCAUACGGCAAAUUCCACCUUGGCUGGCUGUUCGCCGUGACGACGGCGUUCCUCUACAACGCGCUGGGGAUCCCGUUGCGCAGCAGCUAUCCGUAUCAGACGGACGCGAACGUGGUCUACUGGUUGAUCGUCGACUACCUGUGUGACGCCAUCUACCUGGCCGAUAUGAUCAUCAUCAAGCCACGACUGCAGUUUAUGAGAGGAGGCAUUUCGAUUGGAAAUCGUCGCGACACACUGCGCAACUACGUGAUGUCGGGCAGCUUCAAGCUGGAUUUGCUCUCGAUUGUGCCGCUCGAUUUCAUGUACUUCUACACGGAUAUCAUUCCGAUAUGGCGGCUUGGGAGGUUGCUCAAGGUACAAUCGUUCUGGCAACUAUUCGACCUGCUCGACAACUCGUUCUCCAAUCCAUACGUCAUCCGUAUCACUCGUACUCUCUCCUAUAUGGUCUACAUUAUCCACUGCAACAGCUGCGUCUACUACCUGUUGAGCGCCUGGCAGGCGUUCGGCCAAAUCGCGUACCAGAUGAACGGCAAGUACUACCUCAACAAAUGGGUCUACAAUAAUAAGGGAAACGCCUAUUUACGCUGCUUCUACUUCACGGCCGCCGUCGCCACGUCCACAGGAAAUAACCCGGCGCCCACCAACGUCAUCGAGUACAUCUACAUGACCUUCUCGUGGAUGAUGGGCGUCUUCGUGUUCGCCCUCUUGCUCGGGCAGAUUCGCGAUAUCGUGUCAAACGCCAACAGGAAUCGCGCGGAAUAUCAGCGUCAAAUGGACAUGGCCCUGUCGGAGUGCAAGAAGCUCAACCUCAGCCGGGACCUUGUUGAACGUGUCCGCGACUGGUUCAUCUACACCUGGGAGCAGCACAAGACGCUCGACGAGAAAAAGCUCAUCGAGAAGCUUCCCCUGAAGCUGCAGACCGAUCUGGCCCUCUCCGUCCACUACAACACGCUCAGCAAGGUCAAACUGUUCCAGGAUUGCGAUCGUGCCUUCCUGCGUGACCUCGUGCUCAAGCUCCGCCCGGUCAUCUACCUCCCUGGAGACCUGGUUUGCAAGAAGGGUGACGUCGGCAAGGAGAUGUACAUCGUCAACCAGGGCGUGCUGGAGGUGGUCGGCGGCAACAACAACGAGACGGUGUUCGCCCAACUCCAGCAGGGCAGCGUCUUUGGCGAAAUCAGUCUGCUGGCGAUCGGCGGCAACAAUCGACGAACAGCGAAUAUUAGAGCUAAAGGCUACGCGACGCUUUUCGUGUUGGCGAAGGAAGACCUGAACGACGUCAUCCGCUACUACCCGCAGGCGCAGAUGCUGCUCAAGCGCAAGGCGGCGCAAAUGCUGAAAAACGACAAGAAAGACGACGAGAGCAAGGACGAGAAGCCGCUCGAGGACACGUGCCGCAUCAGCGGCAAGUUUUUCGGGGCUUUUGUU